AUUUUGGCAUUUUUUUGGCAUUUUUAAAAAAACUGUUGAAUUGAUUUUUUUUUCAGUUGGUUUGUAUUUAAUUUGUAUUAGAACAUUAAGCACAAUGUCGAGGGUAAAUUCAAGAAAGUACCUUGAAAAAUGGGAAGCGGAUUAUCCUUGGUUUAAAAAAAGCUCUGAUGGUACUGAAUCAGCAUUCUGUACCCUUUGUCGUGUGACUAUACAACCACGGAAAUCGUCUGUAGAACAGCACAGUGGUACUUUUAGACAUGCUUCAAGAGAAAAGCAUCUUAACACAAAAAGCCAGAUUACGUUUCCUUUAGUAUCAAAGAAAGCAGACUGUGAAGCAGAUAUUUCAACGAUAAAUCACCUUGGAGAAAUCAUUUCUCUUUAUGGAAAAAAUAGUCCCCUUGAAAACCUUCGUCUGCAUCGAACCAAAUGUACCCAAAUUAUUAAAAAUGUAAUUUCUUCAUCAAUCGAAUCAAAAAUUUCUGAAUCAAUGGCAGAUAAACCUUUUUCCAUCCUGAUUGAUGAAUCAACUGAUGUUUCUUUGACAAAACAUCUUUGCAUUUGUGCUCGAUACUAUUCAGAUGAACAGAAAUCAGUUAUCGAUGACUUUCUUGGUUUAGCUUCUGUGAUAUCAACCACUGGUGCAGAUUUUUUUGCUGUUUUGGAAACAAAGUUGACGUCUGUUGGAUUGUCUUUAAAAAACUGCAUUGGGUAUAGCUCAGACGGAGCUUCAAAUGUCAUUGGAUUUCACAAUUCGGUUUGGUCUCGUGUUCGGGCAGUCUCUCCUAAUUGUAUUUUAAUGCGCUGUACAUGCCACUCCUUGAACCUCAUUGUUCAACAUUCCUUUGAAUUAAUGCCAUCAAGUGUUGGCUUUCUGCUCAGUGAAAUUCCUUCAUUUUUUUCAAAAAGUUCCAUUCGACGAGAAGAGUUUAAAGUACUUUUUCAGACAAUGGAUCCAAGCAAUGAAAGGAUGGGAACUCCAUCACCAUUUCAAAAGUAUUGGGAAAUGUCUUUACAAUUUGAUGAAUUUGAGCGUUUGAAUGCUUUUUUUCAAAGCACUAAUGUGGAUCCUGAGAAGCUAGUUUCAGAGCUAAACCUACACUACAAAAGUCUAAAACAGCGUGUUCUUGACAACCAAGGAGUUCAACUGCCUCUAAAACGUGUUGACUUUGGGGCAAAGUUUUUAUCAGAUUGCCAAAAAUAUAUUGAUACUUAUCCUCAAACCCAAAAAGAAAUGGCCAGAAAAAACAUUGAAAGUGUUCUAACACGUUGUCUUCAAUUUCUUUUGCGUCUUUUGAAAGAGCUUGAUCAACGUCUACCUGAAAACAAAGAAAUCUUUCAAGGUCUAUCUUAUCUCUCACCAUCAAAGGUUCUGCAUCAAAGUUCUAAAAUGCCAUUCACUCAUCUGCCUUUAAGGCAUAUUAUGAAGGAUAAAGCGCAAAACAUUGAAGAUCAGUACAGAAAAGUAAGUUUGGUUGACUGGUCUUCUACGGAGCUGUUUGAAAAUUCUUGUAUACCAAAAGAUACAACUGAGUUCUGGACUGCAGUUCGCCACUACAAAAAUACAUCAGGAGAUGCAGCAUUUAAAAAACUAGCAGACUAUUGCCUAACUUGUCUUGUUCUCCCUAUAUCAAAUGCUAUUGUGGAACGUAUUUUUUCUCAGGUCACCUUUGUUAAAAACAAACCAAGAAACAGAAUGUCAGACAAAUUGCUCAGCAGUGUAGUGCGAGUAAAAGCCUACCUUGCUAGCCGCAACAAAUGUUGUAAAGACUUUAAAAUCAGUGACAAAAUGUUAACUAAAUUGGGAACGGACAUGUAUUUUGACGAUGCUGAAUUAGUCGAAGAUGAUCUCACUCUAAUUAAUGAUUUAAACUAA